AUGCCCGUACUUCUCGCCGCGCCGCCAACUCUAUCUCAAGGACUCUCUCAAGGAUACCGCUACCAUCCCAUACCCCGUCCCCACGCCUCCUCCUCAUCGCGCCACCACUUUCGCCUCCCUUUGUCGUCGGUCCCCCCCCGUUUCAUUAACGCGAGUUCUCCCUUCCUGCGACGCCGCACGCGUCGCAUGGCGUGCGACGAUUCGCGUCGCAGCGCGGAGUCGCCCGCCGUCGCAGCGGCCGCGGCGGGCGAGGGAGCGGCGAAGCAGGGCGGGGAGCAGCGGCGUCAGAAGCUAUGGGAGAUGUACGACCGGAUGAGGGACAAGCUCUUUACCGACGUGCCCGAGAUGGACGUGACUGAGUUGCACCAGCUGCUGCUGGCGCAGCAGGCAGCGGGUGGGGGAGAGGGAUUGGGGACGAACGGGGAGGCGGAUGGGGGAGUGGGGAGAGGGGAAGUUGGGGAAGGGGGCUUGAGAGGCGAGGCAGGAGGAGGGGAAGCAGCAGUGGGAGGGGGAGAGAGUGGGCGGGGUGGGCGGCGGGUAGUGGUGGUGGACACACGUACAGAGGAGGAAUCAGCAGUGUCGAUGAUUCCGGGCGGCACACUGAAGCAGAGCGACUUUGAGCGGCAGAUGGGACGAUUCAGCGAUCACCAAGUCGUGUGCUACUGGUGA